AUGAAUUACUUCCUAACUGACCAAAGUGAUGAUACGCUUUUCAGUAUUGAUCUCACCACUGGCUACAUCACUGUUGAAGGUAGUUUGGACAGGGAGGUGCAAGAUCAUUACAUCUUGAAAGUAAAUGCAAAUGAUUCAGCAUGGAGUAUAAGCACAGAUGUCAGUAUAGUCAUUUUAGAUGUCAAUGAUAAUAGACCUGUAUUUUCUGAUAAUUUUUAUAUGGCUGUUCUCCCUGAAACACAAGAUAAAGAGGUGUUUGUCUUGAAAGUUGUUGCUACAGAUGCAGACAUUGGCCAAAACAGUGAGAUUUUCUAUGCUAUUGAACCUCCAAAUGAGGAGUUUUGGGUGAAUGCUUCCUCUGGAGAAAUCUAUACAAAGCAGCCACUGAUGCUACAUAAUUCUGCUUUUGAAAUCAGUCAGUUUACAGUUGUUGCUUUCGACUGUGGCAUUGUUCCUACUUUUAGUAAUACCACAGUCAUAGUGAGAUUGGAACAAUAUAACCACCACCCACCAGUGUUUCUACCUGUACAGCCUCUGAUUGCUGUUCCGUACCACCUGCCUGUGGGAACUGAGGUGGUCCAGUUUACAGCAAUGGAUCUGGAUGUCAACAGGAGUGCUAAUAUUGAGUAUGUUUUGGAUGGAGGUAAUGCAUCUGAUUUCUUUUGGAUUCAAGCUGACAAUGGAAAGUUAUUCUUAAAUCAGACUUUAGCUGAUGCUGAAAAUCUGUUCCUCACUUUAUUUGUUGUGGCUAAAGACCAAGGCACUCCCUCUUUGUCAUCACAGACUGAAAUCACUUUUGAAAUUACUGGGAUGAAUCAAUUUUCUCCGAGCUUUAGCAAACCACAUGUUAUUUUUUCUGUCCCUGAGGACUUGCCUGUUGGAUCAGUAAUUGGGAAAAUUCAAGCAGAAGAUACGGAUUAUGGUCCCAAUGGUGCAGUCAUGUACCGCAUCAGUCCAGAAAAUCAAUAUUUACCAUUGUCAGUCGGAGAAGUCUCUGGACUGCUAACUCUGAUCAAAGAGCUUGACUUUGAAAAAGAAGGUACUUAUCAUUUCCAAAUCAAAGCCAUAGAUGGUGGAUGGGUCUCUAAAACUGGUAUGAUAAAUGCUACAGUAAUAGUCAUGGAUGUGAAUGAUAAUCCUCCAGUCUUUUCAUCCUCAGAGUAUACCACGUCAGUGCCUGAAAACUCAGAUAUUGGAACUAAUGUUCUACAUGUGAAGGCUACUGACAGUGAUUCAGGCACAAAUGCACAAAUAUUCUACUCUGUUAUUGCUGGCCAUGUGGAUAAAUUUGCAAUUGAUUCAACAAAUGGCACAAUCACCAGUUUGGAUGUCUUUGAUUACGAGCAAGAGCAGAUCUUUGACAUAACAAUCAAAGCUUCAAACACUGGUGGGCAUACUUUAUUUAGUUUAGCGCACAUUGUCAUCCAAAUCUCUGAUGUCAAUGAGUUCACACCAAAGUUCAGGAAAAAAGAAUUUAACUUCUCAGUAUUUAAAAAUGUGUCUAUUGGAACUCUGAUUGGAAAAGUGACAGCCACGGAUUACGACCAAGGCUCUGAAGGUCAGGUGUUUUUCUUGAUGUUUGGUCAGAGCAAAAGUAUGGGCUUUGAAAUUGACAAACUUUCUGGAGAAAUAUACACCACAAACAGUCUGAGGAAACAAGGUAACAGCCAUGUAGCUUUAAAAGUUCUGGCAAAGAACCAUGGUGUUAUUACUGGGAUGGAUGUUGAUGAGACUUUGGUCUAUGUUAGUGUGACUGACACAAAUGAUCCACCCGUGUUCACUCCUACAAGUUAUAUAGCAAAUAUUACAGAGGACAGUCCAGCUGGGACAUCUGUGGUGACUGUGAGUGCUCUGGAUCAGGACUCCAUCUUGGACUGGAAUCGUUUCUUCUUCAGCAUUGAAAACGGAAACACAAAUUUCUCUUUUGCCAUUGAUCCAUCCAGUGGUCUUAUCUCAGUGAAUUCUCCACUUGACAGAGAACUCUGGCCAGUUUAUAAUCUGACUGUUACAGCCACUGAUAAUGGUUCUCCACCAGCCACUGGGACGACUACUGUCAUUGUGACCAUUGGUGAUGUGAAUGACAAUGCCCCUAAACUCACAACAACUGGAGCUCAGGUGAAGGAAAAUCAACCUGAAGGCACUGUAGUCACCAGAUUAAAUGCAUCCGAUUCAGAUUUACCACCAAACCAGGGUCCUUUUACAUACUCGUUAUUAAAUCGUUCAACUGGUUUUUUACUUACGCCUGAUGGACUUUUACUCACCACACAGACUAUUGAUCGAGAACAAGCCUCUACAUAUCAACUCCUGGUGGUUACUGGAGAUGCAGGAGUUCCUUCUCCACUAUCGUCAACAGCAACACUCCAUAUCAGGGUCAUGGAUGAAAAUGAUAACCCUUCAUUCCCAAGAAAUAUUUUCAUUGAGGUGAAAUACUUUGGCAGUUCUUUCCAAGGAGGCAUGAUUGGAAACGUACAUCCCGAGGAUCAGGAUGUGGAUGACACAUUCAGCUGCACCAUCAAAAGUGGGCCAGUUAACAUGUUUGUAAUACCUAAUGGCACAUGUGAGCUGUGGUCGGCUCCCUUUCGAGGUGAGGCCACAUUUAACAUCACCAUCGAAGCUACAGACCAGCUUCACUUCCCGGUUAACAACAGCAUCUACGUAAACUACAAAGGCUUUACUAAUGCCUCUAUAGACAGCUGUAUAUUAUUCUAUGUGUCAUCACCCUCAGUGGAAGAGUUCUUGUCCAAUAAAUAUUUGAGGUUUGUGAAAGCUCUGGACAGUCUCUUUAACCUCCAGGCCUCAAAGACUCACGUGUUUGGAAUCAAACAUAUUGGCAAUGAAAUCCUCCUGCUGGCUGCUGUCAAAAAUUACAAUGGUCAGUAUCUUAGCAAAGAGGUAGCAAGCGGUAUAUCUGCUGGACAUAAGAAAUUACUGGAGGCUCAGAGCAACGUGACCAUUUCUCACAUCACCAGUGACCCGUGUCUCACCAGUCCUUGUCAAAACAGGGCAACCUGCAGCAAAAACAUUUUCAUCAGCCAGGAGGUUUCUGCCCUGGAAAGUGUAGCAGUGAUCUUCGUGUCACCACAGAAAGAGAUUUUUAAUUGUACAUGUCCUGUCGGAUUCACAGGUUUACUCUGUGAAGGUGACAUCAACGAAUGUGAGUUGAAUCCCUGUGAGAAUAGAGGCACAUGUGUGAAUACUGAAGGAAGCUUUUACUGUCACUGUCAGAGUGGCUUCUCUGGAUCUGUCUGCUCUGCUGAUGGAGAUGAAUGCAUGAAGGUGAAGUGCCAAAAUGGGGCAACUUGUACUCCCUCUCUGGAUGGAUAUCACUGUGACUGUGUACCUGGAUUUGAAGGUGAAAUGUGUGAGGACUUUAUAGACCACUGCAGGUCAGCACCCUGUGUUGAGGGCAGCUGCAUCAAUUUACAGACUGGUUUCUCCUGUAAUUGUCCAUUUGGAGUGAGUGGAGUCCACUGCGAGGAACACAGCUAUGGCUUUGAAGAGCUGUCUUUCAUGGAGUUUCCUUCACUGGAUCGCAGGACUAAUUUAGUCUCUCUGGAGUUUGCGACAGUGCAGAGGAACUCCCUCCUCCUCUACAAUCCUAGAGGAUCAUCCAGCAGGGAUUUCUUGGCGCUGGAGAUACUGGAUGGAGCCGUACAUCUCUCUUAUGACCUGGGGUCAGGACCUGUGAGGCUGCAGACACACAAACAUGUUGCAGAUGGAGCUUUUCAUAGUGUCACUGUCAGGAGGAUUGGAAACAUGGGUUCUUUGCAUGUGGACAACUGUACAGAUGUUGAAAACAAUGGAUUUUGUUUUUCACAGAGUGAUGGCAGCAUCUCACAAAGAACUCUUGAUGUUGGUAACAAUAAUAUGACAAUUGGAGGACUGAGGACAAUCGACUUUAUUUUACUCCAUCCCACUCAGAUACAAAGUCAUGACUUUGUUGGAUGUAUUCGAAACAUUCACGUUAAUGGCAUCCUGUUGAGACCUUCAAUGGCCCUCGCAACAUAUAACAUCUUUGAUAGGUGUCCUCGAGCAGCAGUGUCACCAUGUCUCAGUGUUCCAUGCAAGAAUGCUGGUGUUUGCCAUGACCUUUGGUUUGACUACCUUUGUGAGUGCAAAAGCCCUUUUACUGGAAGAAACUGUGCAAAAGAAAUGACAGACGAGCUCGUUUUGCAUUUUAAUGGGAGUGACUAUAUUGAAUAUGUUAUUAAGGAGAGAUUCAAGAGAGACUAUCUGAUUAAAGAUUUGGUGGGUGGUAAGAAAGAGGGAAACAUGAGAGACCAAACUGUUAUUAACAUCAAGUUCAAGACCAAAGAAGAUGGCGUUUUAUUGUUCGUUCUUGGACAGAUGGGAUACAUUAUGCUGAAGAUAAAAGACAGAAAACCUGUGUAUGUUUCCAAAGACACACUGUCAGGACAUCUAUCUGAGUUCAUCGUGGACCCUCCAGUGGCUGAUGGGGUUUGGCAUGUCUUCUCCUUGUUCAGCAAUGGACAGAACACUUUUCUGUUAGUGGAUGGUAAACCAGUGUUGAACAGCACUGACCUAAGUAUGAAUUUCACUCCUUUAAGUGUGGAAAAGAUCAUUCUUGGUGCAGCACUGACAGGAGACACAAAGCUCCAACAGUCAGGGUUCAGUGGCUGUGUGCAGUAUUUCAAUGUGAGCGGUUACAGUCUGCCUGUCAGCGGUCACAGUUUAAUGGUGGACGUCUGGCCCAGUUCAACCCUUACCCACUCCAACUGCAGCUUUCCAGGCGUUUGCUUUCCCUCACUGUGCUCUGAGGAGGACACUGCCCAGAGGACUUGUCUCUCAAACUGUCAAAACCGGUGGACGUGUGGACCAGCUGUGCAGAGCAGGUCCUGCAUCUGUUUACAUAAUGUCUCGGGCCAUUUCUGUGAUCUCUGUGUUGCUACAAUGGAAAACUAUAAUGAGUGCUCUGAGAUUCAGGGCAGCACACCACUGUGGCUCAUAGCUGUGGUUCUUCCUUUAAUCUCCAUGCUGGUGAUUUCUGGAAUGCUUGUUGUCCUCUGCAGAGUGAGGCAGUUUGAUGCAACAUGUCAGACUGAGAGCCUACCACAGAAAACAGAGCAGGGGACAGACAACAGUGCUUUUUGUUUUGGUGACAGCACAGUCCUCACAGAUGCCGUGUCUCCAGAAAGAGAGAAUCGACAUGACCCAGCGAGUGCAGAUCAGCGGAGGUCAAGUGUUGAUUUUUACUGUGACACCAGCCUGUCAAGUGCUCAGCAGGUGCCAAACAGUGAGCUGGAGUACUAUGAAAUUGGCAGCAUUUGUAGUGCAUAUCAUUCAGACAAUACGUCACUGAAACUCAGCUGGCACAAACAUUUCUACAGUACAAAAUGUGUGAAAGCAGGUGCUAAACAGUGGGCAGAUUUAGGGAUGCUCUUAGCAGGGCUUAAGAAAGAAACCUCAAGUCAAGAAAAAAGUCCCACAAAGCCUCACAAUGUUGCUUUCCGAAACCAGCAGUUAUUGACUAAGCUUGACACAGAACAGCCUCGACAGAUGCUGCCUUGUUACAUUAAGAGAUUCCUACAACCAGAGACCCUGGAGCCAAUACAGUGUCUCACUUUUGAAGAAAUUAGCAAACUAAAUGCUCCUCUGGAGCAAACAAUGCCACAUCAACCAACCCUGAAGUCUGGACCUGCCGAGUCCACCAUGAGGACGGACGUCUCAUCGGAGAGUGAAACAGACAGCACAUUCACCUGCUCAGAGUCUGAGUAUGGACAGUUUUCUAUCAUCAGUGGCACGAAAUAUAUACAUGACCAGUCAUCCCUGCCAAGCAAAAGCAGCAAUUUAAGACAGCAAGGCCUCCUGCCUGUCAAUUCAUUCUUACAACAAAGCUGCCUCUCUGCUGCAGCUCAGGGCAAAGCAGAAAGUGCUGCCUGCACUAUGUUAGAGCAAUGGGAAGAAAUUUUACAAAUGCAUCUACCUUUUGGCAGCUAUGCACCAGUAUUUAAGGAUAUUGCACAUCUGCCCAUUGAAUCCAAUUAUAGCUAUGAUAUGCAAAGUGACAUAGAGGAAAUUAUUUGAUUGUCAUUAUAUAGAAGAAACUAAUGAAUCACAUGGAUUAAUGUAGGCUGCAAGUUACAUACUAUGGAAAUAUUUUUGAUGUAAUGAAUCUGUAAAUGUAUCUUGUCAAAAUAGAUUAAUGAUGAAAAUGAAUGACAUGAAAAUCGUACAUUUUUAAUUGGACUUGGUAUUAAAAAGCAGGGGAACAUGUGUUUUAAUUUUUACUGAAUCUCUUUGUAUGUUUACUUGGUUGCUUUAUUGCUUCUCUGAAGACUUACCUGUUCAAAGUCAAUUUUAUAUCUUCAGAAGGGGCCAGAGGUUUAAUUCAUGAUGCCCUUUAAAUAUGGAUACAAAGCCUAUGAGAAGACAACAUUUGAUGUUAAUGGGAAAUUAAUUUGUUUGUGCGGCACUAAUUAUGUCUUAGCUGACUGCUUCUGGCACAUGUUCAAUUUUUAAUACCUGAACAUGCAGGAUGCUGCGUGUUGGAUUAGUUUCAUGCUCAUUACUAUAUAGCUUUUAUCAAAACUCAAAUAGGAAAAUCUGUGUACCAAAGAAGAACAGAGAGGCUGCAUUUUUUA